AUGGGGAAGAAUUUGUGGCACGAGCUCAAACAUCGCUAUAAUGUCACAGAACUCGAGGUCCCCGAGCCUCAAGAGGAGGAUGUUCCCCCUCUAAGGGUCAGCCGAAAGAGGAAAAGGGGAGCGAGGGAGGUCGAGGGGACCUCUGCCCCUGCAGACGCCGAGGAGGUGACCUCCACGGCCGCUGAUGCGAGUGCGGUGGACCUUACUAAGAGUCCACCGUCGAAGGAGUCCCCUCGGGUGGCUUUUGAGGAGGUGGUUCGGGCUGCCAAGGUGGCAGGAGAUGCUGCCGAGGUGGCGACACAGGCUGCCGGGCGGGUCAUCCAGGCUGCCGAGGUGGCGGUUCUGGUCACCGAGCAGGUUGUUCCUGCUGCUGAGGCGAGGUCAGAGGUUCCUAUUGCAGACCCUCCAGAUACCGAGCAGGGGACGCCGGCUUCCGCCUCUGUUGAGGCUCGUGAAAGGGGUCCGAGCCGUGAGGUUCCCCCACCCACCGCUGCAGCUUCGGCGCCGCCGCCUGGUUCGUCACAGGGGGUUUCCCGGAGCCGAUACCUAACCCAUCGCUUCGGAAAGGGCCUUUCAAAAAGUGCGGCUGGACCACACGAGGUCGGCCCCGAGGAUAGUUUCGACGUUGCCCAGGUCCUUCUACAGAGGGCUAUGGGCAUCCUGGGCCACUGGAAGCCUAGGUGGGCUAAGCAGCAGGAGGACCUGGCCAAGCAGCAAGAGGAUCUGGCUAAGCUGAGGGGCCGACUUCAACCCUGGAAGGAUGCAAAUAAGAUCCUGAGGGAGGAGAACAAAGCUCUCAGUGUUGCUGUUGGUGAGGCGAGGCGGCAGGAGGUGAAGCUUCGGUCUGCGCGGGGCGAUCUUGCAAGGGUGCAGAAGUCUCUUGAGAUCGCUUUACGAUCCAACGAGGCUUAUGCUUCCCAGGUGGGGGAGUUGCAAGAGCUCGUCGCCUUCUCUCGGAGCGCGGCUCGCUCUUUGGAGGAUGAGGUGACGUCUUCUCGCAGCCAAGUGCGGGCUCUGGAGGACGUUGUGGCCUCUCUUAAGGGAGGGUUGGCGGCGGCGGCUGAGGAGCGCCUUCGUAGCGAGGUCAUUCUUGGUGGCCGUGAGGACGAGAUUGCCACCUUGAAGGCAAAGCUCGCGGAGCUGGCGGCGGGAAAGCAGCCAUGGAGAAGAGGCUCGUGGAGGUCGAACGCUUCGUUGUGA